CUGGAGGCACGUGACCGAGCGGCAGGGACGCGCCCGGGAGCACCAUGGCGCUGCGGGGUCAGCGGGCGCUGGCCGCGCUCAGGCUGUGCGGCCUGGGAGUGCUACAGGUGGAAGAAGAUUCAUAUCUCUUUCUGUGGGUGCUUCAGGCCUCUUUGGAAAUGGAGGCAAUCAUGAGAAGGAGAAGCUUUCCCUUCAGGAUAUUGCUGAGCUGAUUCGUGCCAGAGCCUGCCAGAGAGUUGUGGCCAUGGUUGGGGCUGGCAUUAGCACACCUAGUGGCAUUCCAGAUUUCAGAUCUCCCGGGAGCGGCCUUUACAGCAACCUCCAGCAGUACAACAUCCCAUACCCUGAGGCCAUUUUUGAACUUGAAUUUUUCUUUCACAACCCCAAGCCCUUUUUUACUUUGGCCAAGGAGCUGUACCCUGGGAACUAUAGGCCCAAUGUCACUCACUACUUCCUCCGACUGCUCCAUGACAAGGGUCUGCUUCUGCGGCUCUAUACACAAAACAUCGACGGGCUUGAGAGAGUGUCUGGCAUCCCAGCUGGAAAGCUGGUGGAAGCUCAUGGGACUUUUGCCUCAGCUACCUGCAUAGUCUGUCGAAGGUCCUUCCCAGGGGACCACUGCUGGGCAGAAGUGAUGGCAGACCGGGUGCCCUGCUGCCCUGUCUGCACGGGUGUUGUGAAGCCUGACAUCGUGUUCUUUGGGGAGCCGAUGCCCCAGAGAUUCUUGCUGCACGUGGCUGAUUUCCCCAUGGCAGAUCUGCUGCUCAUCCUUGGUACCUCCCUGGAGGUGGAACCUUUUGCCAGUUUGUCUGAGGCUGUACGGAGCUCAGUGCCCCGACUGCUCAUCAACCGAGAACUGGUGGGGCCCUUUGCUUGGUGUCCUCGAAGCCGGGACGUUGCCCAGCUAGGGGAUGUGGUUCACAGCGUGGAAAAGCUGGUGGACCUUCUUGGCUGGACAGAAGAACUAAAGGACCUCGUUCAGCGGGAAACUAGAAAGAGAGACAACGUGCUUGAAGACAGCGUGGCCAGGUUCACAAAUCUUGGACAAAGCAGGAUACAGCCUGAGCCAGAGUAGACAUCUGAGGCUGCACUGGAACUUCUUCGUGGAUGGGCGUGUUUCACAUCACACACAUGGAUGGCAAAGAGUCGCUUACUUGCCUGUCUUCUUCGUCUCGUUCUUCACUCUGCUGAAGCUUGUAAUACACUUUCUGCUGGCAGUGGCUCUCUUGACCCGACUCACUGGAUCCCGGACUGGGCUUACUUUAUUAUACCAGGCUGUUGAGGGCAGUUCAGCAUGUCUGUCACAAGACACAGGUCUGGGCCACAUAGCCUUUGGUACCCUAGCAAUGGACUAGGGUUGUCUAGUGUGCCAACCUCUGCAGUAGUUAAUCAGCAAAUUUCUCACACGAAAUAAAUACAAAACCAAUCAUCCUUUUUGUCUUCUCAGGACAGCAAGUAUUGAUAUCAGAGUGGAAAGCUAACUUUGUGACAUGGUGUCCCCCCCCCUCUUGGGAUAGGAGGGACUGAACUUGUCUGUCCUUGGAUUGUGAAAAUGGUCCAGGCCUUUCAGAGCAGUCUGCCCAGCAGUUCCUAACCUUCCUCUUGUCCCCCACCCCUACACCUGGGUGUCUAGUUAGGGUACUGAAAACUUCAAACACAAUACACAGGUACCAUGUAUUAGGAAAUGUUACUGGCUCCGCUGUUAGCCCCAGCUUGUACGGAUGGGUACUGGAUCUCCUAUUGUGUAGAGGUACUGUUUCCUACAUGGCCCAGACACAACUCUAAUAGCUGACCUCCUUAUCUGCCACCCAUAUGUAUGCCCUCCUUCCUGGUGCAUGCAGACCAUUUCCUGUCCAAGCUGCACCUGAGGGGGAGGGUGGGUGAUGGGAAGUUAAGACUCCAUGGAAGGUGGUUCUGGGACCUUGCUUCUCAGUUAACAAGACAUGUGGCCGUCUGGAGGAGGUGUUAGAGAUUCUGAGAAUAAAACUAGCUUGGAUUUUUACUUAA